AUGCCUAACGACUAUACUGGAACCUGGGAAAUGGAGAGCAAUGACAACUUCGAAGAUUUCUUGAAGGCCUUAGAUAUUGAUUUUGCUAUCCGCAAGAUUGCCAAGCUCCUAAGUCAGACAAAGAUAAUCACUCAAGAUGGUGAUGACUUCAAGAUAAAAACAAGUAGCUCAUUCCGGAGCUAUGAAUCGGAUUUCGUUGUUGGAGUUGAAUUUGAUGAGCACACUAAAGGACUGGAUGAUAGACAUGUUAAGACUCUGGUGACCUGGGAUGGGGAUAAACUCGUGUGUGUGCAGAAGGGAGAGAAGAAAAACCGAGGGUGGAAGAUGUGGAUUGAAGGAGGAAAACUUCACUCGGAGCUGAUGUGCGAAGACCAAGUGUGCCAUCAAGUAUUUAAAAAGAAGUAAGAGUUGACCAGGAAAACUGUUGAGUUACCAGUUAGCAAUUAUUGCAUACGUUUUGUGAAAAAGCUUCAGAACAUUCUUCUACUCUUGAUAGCACCUUGGGAAUGCUUCUGUGUGAAGUUUUAAGCAAGGCAAAUGUGUGAGUGUGACAAACGAAUAUUUCCUCUUUGUG